CGGCUGUACAUUGUCAAGAACAUGGCGGCUUCCAGGCAGGCAUGAGAGUGGAUACUUCUUAACGAAUUUGGGUGAUUCUGGCCAACCAUUUCAAAAACAGACCAUCAAAACACUUCCCUGGAUACCGCGACACGAAUCUCUAAAAGGACAUGACGUCCCCCGGUGUGCCUGGAACCACCGGAGCUCCGCUGCAGCCGCGAUGGAAGCGGGUUCUUGGUUGGUCUGGUCCGGUACCUCGACCCAGACACGGGCACCGAGCCGUAGCCAUCAAGGAACUGAUGGUCGUUUUCGGCGGAGGAAACGAAGGAAUCGUUGACGAGCUGCACGUUUAUAACACUGCAACAAAUCAGUGGUUCAUACCAGCCGUUCGUGGGGACAUCCCUCCAGGCUGUGCGGCUUAUGGUUUUGUGUGUGAUGGCACACGUCUGCUAGUUUUUGGUGGAAUGGUCGAAUAUGGAAAAUACAGCAAUGACCUUUAUGAGUUACAGGCAAGCAGGUGGGAAUGGAAAAAAUUGAAGCCAAAAGCCCCUAAGAAUGGAGUGCCACCAUGUCCUCGUCUGGGCCACAGUUUUUCUCUUGUGGGCAACAAGUGUUAUCUUUUUGGAGGGCUUGCCAAUGACAGUGAAGACCCCAAGAACAACAUUCCCAGAUAUUUGAAUGAUCUUUAUACCCUCGAGUUGCGUCCGGGGUCCAGCGUUGCGGGGUGGGAUGUACCAGUCACGUAUGGAGUAUUGCCACCUCCAAGAGAGAGCCACACUGCUGUAAUCUAUACCGAAAAAGUUACUAAGAAGUCCCGUCUUGUUAUAUACGGAGGAAUGAGUGGCUGUCGUUUGGGUGAUCUUUGGACAUUAGAUAUUGAUACACUGACCUGGAAUAAGCCUGCAAUAAGCGGUGCUGCUCCCCUCCCCCGAAGCCUACACUCGGCCACCACUAUUACAAACAAAAUGUAUGUUUUUGGUGGCUGGGUUCCUUUGGUGAUGGAUGACGUGAAGGUGGCCACACAUGAGAAGGAAUGGAAGUGUACAAACACACUGGCAUGCCUGAACCUAGACACUUUAGCAUGGGAGACUGUUUUGAUGGACACUUUGGAGGAUAACAUCCCACGUGCUCGAGCAGGACAUUGUGCUGUCGCUAUUAACAACAGACUUUAUAUCUGGAGUGGACGUGAUGGGUAUCGCAAAGCUUGGAACAAUCAGGUGUGCUGCAAAGACUUGUGGUACCUGGAGACAGAACGACCCAACCCUCCUUCAAGGGUGCAGCUUGUCCGAGCCAACACAAAUUCUUUGGAGGUUAGCUGGGGAGCAGUUUCUACAGCAGACACGUACCUGCUUCAGCUCCAGAAAUAUGAUAUCCCAGCAGCCACUGCUGCCACAUCACCAGCUCUCAAUGCAGCUCCCUCCCUCCCAGGAAACUCUCCUAAGAGUCCAGCACCGGCUGCAGCUGCUCCAUCUGCUCAGAGUCUGCCGCAUAGUGGCAUCACCUCAGUGCCCCAGGCUGCUUCCCCCACAGCCUCAGUCUUACCUGGCACACCUGCAAGUCCUCUGGCUGCAUCAAUGGCACGUGGCCCAGCUAUUCUAAAAGUUGCAGCCCCUCAGUCAGGAACAGGGGCAUCGAUUGUCACCGUACGCCAAGCGUCCCAGGUUGGAAAAUCCCCAGUCACUGUGGCAUCACUUCCCGCAGGUGUUCGCAUGGUAGUGCCAUCACAAACCGCUCAAGGAACGAUCGGCAGCAGCCCUCAGAUGAGCGGAAUGGCAGCUUUGGCUGCAGCUGCAGCAGCCACACAGAAGAUCCCUCCAUCCCCAGGAGCCACUGUUCUCAACAUGCCAGCCGGGGCCACAAUUGUCAAGACGGUAGCUGUGACUCCAGGAGCCUCCACACUCCCCACCACUGUUAAAGUGGCAUCGCCUCUGAUGGUAAGCAACCCGGCCACUCGCAUGCUGAAGACCGCUGCUGCCCAGGUGGCCACCCCAACAGUGUCCAGUCCCACUACAGGUGCUCGGCCUAUCAUCACGGUGCACAAAUCGGGCACAGUUACCGUAGCCCAACAGGCUCAGGUUGUGACCACUGUGGUUGGUGGUGUCACCAAAACCAUCACUCUUGUUAAGAGCCCACUUUCCAUGGGAGGCAACUUGAUAUCCAACUUGGGCAAGGUAGUGUCAGUGGUACAAAACAAACCAGUGCAGUCAGCCACUGUGACUGGACAGGCCUCCAAUCCACUCACACAGAUUAUACAGACAAAGGGUCCCCUUCCACCAGGCACCAUUCUAAAGCUGGUAACAUCUGCAGAUGGAAAACCAACCACCAUAAUUACUACCAGUCAAGCAGGUGGCACAGGCAACAAGCCCACUAUUUUGGGCAUCAGUGGCAUGUCCCCCACUUCCACCAGCAAACCAGGCACCACCACUAUCAUUAAAACAAUCCCUAUGUCUGCUGUUCAGCAAGGAGCUGCAGGUGUGACAAGUACUACAGGAGUAAAAAGUCCCAUUACCAUCAUCACCACAAAGGUCAUGACCUCUGGAACUCCUGGUAAAAUCAUUACAGCAAUGCCUAAGAUUGGUACUGCGGCAGGCCAACAGGGCCUAACACAGGUUGUCCUAAAAGGAGCUCCUGGUCAGCCGGGCACUAUUCUCCGCACUGUGCCGAUGGGAGGAGUACGUCUUGUGUCUCCAGUAUCUGGGGUCAAGCCAACUGUAACCACCCUGGUUGUCAAAGGAACAACUGGUGUAACAACUCUUGGCACAGUCACAGGAACAGUUUCAUCAAGCUUAGCUGGAGGGAGCCUAGCCAGUGCCAACGCCACCCUGGCAACCCCCAUCACCACUCUGGGCACGAUCGCCACCCUCGCCAGCCAGGUCAUUAAUGCCACCAAUGUGACGGCUGCUCAAAGCAACCUGACCACUGUUACCUCCACCAUGCAGCCCACUCAGGUGACCCUCAUAACUACGCCUAGUGGAGUGGAGGCUCAGCCUGGCCAAGAUCUGCCUGUUUCAUUUCUAGCAUCUCCCACCUCUGAGCAGCCCACUUCUACUGAAUCUGGCACAGGAGAGGCUUCUGGCAGCGUUACUCUCGUAUGCUCCAAUCCGCCUUGUGAGACGCAUGAGACGGGCACCACUAACACGGCCACCACAGCGACCUCAAACAUGGGCGCUGGACCAGCUGGCACAGUACAGAGAGUCUGCUCAAACCCGCCAUGUGAAACACAUGAAACGGGUACAACAAACACUGCCACAACAGCAUCUGCCAACAUGGGCGCUGUUCAAAGGGUCUGCUCAAACCCACCAUGCGAAACCCACGAAACGGGCACCACCAGCACGACAACCACAGCAUCUUCAAAUAUGGGCACUGCUCCUGCUGGGACAGUGCAGAGGGUUUGCUCAAACCCACCCUGUGAAACACACGAGACAGGCACCACAAACACAGCAACUACGGCUUCAUCAAACAUGGGUGGAAACCAGCCUGGAGCAGUGCAAAGGGUCUGUUCAAACCCACCUUGUGAGACCCAUGAGACUGGCACCACCAACACGGCAACCACGGCUUCAUCAAGCAUGGGUGGAGGACAAGAGGGAACAGUGCAAAGAGUUUGCUCAAACCCACCCUGCGAGACCCAUGAGACAGGCACCACCAACACAGCAACCACAUCAUCAUCCAAUAUGGGUGGAGAUCAAGCUGGAGCAGUGCAAAGGGUCUGCUCAAACCCACCCUGUGAAACCCACGAGACUGGCACCACCAACACAGCCACCACUGCUACCUGCAAUAUGGAGACAGAUGAAGGAACAGCUGCCCAGAGAGGAGCUAUUACUACAGUCACACAAGCCACACCGCUGCCAGGACCUGCUGUUCCAUCUAUUUCUUCAAUCACGGAGUCGUCCUCAGAGGCAGGAGCUGAGCCGGUGGUGAUGGAGAGUUCAGAGGCAGAGUCUUUACAGACCGAAGGCCAGGCUGAAGCAGAGGCCGUUGCCAUGCAGGCAGAGUUUCAGACAGAGGCAGGAGCUGUUGCUUUACCCACUGACUUCCAGGAGGAUGCAGCCGCCUUGCCAGCUGAUUUCCAGGGAGAAGCGGUUGCGGUGGCCAUGCAGGCGGAGAGCCAGGCGGACGCAGUGCCCAUGGAGCAAGAUGUUUCUGGCAUGGCAGAGGGAGAAGCCGCUCAGGAACAGCUGCCAACGGCAGAGAUGGAAGAUGUAGAUGCAGCGUCAGCAUCACAGGCUGCCGUGCUGGCUUUGCCACCAGAGCUGAUGGCGGAUGGUCAGUCCACUACGCUGAUGGUGACAGGUCUGACCCCAGAAGAGCUGGCUGUCACUGCAGCUGCAGAGGCAGCGGCACAAGCAGCAGCCACAGAGGAGGCUCAGGCCCUUGCCAUCCAGGCCGUACUACAAGCAGCACAGCAGGCCGUCAUGAGUGAUGCGGGAGGAGACGACCAGCAGACCCACACCAUACCCAUCGUUCUGACCCAGCAGGAGCUCGCAGCUUUGGUUCAGCAGCAGCAGCAGCUCCAGGCAGCACAACAGCAGGCUGCAGCUCAGGCUGCUCUGCCCACCGAGGGCCUGGCACCAGCCGACAGCCUCAAUGAUCCCUUAUCUGAAAGCAACGGGCACAACGAAAUGGCAGCCGCUGCCACAAGUGCAGUAGUCACACUGCUGCCUCGCACUGCCGCAGAAACCUUGGCUCCAUCCAGCACAUUAGCACCUGUAGUAGUAGCCAGUCCAGCGAAGAUGCAGGCAGCGGCGGCUCUCACUGAAGUGGCCAAUGGCAUUGAGGCUGGGAAACAAAAUCCUCCAACAGUUACUGUCAAACCUCAAGUGAAGAAAGAGAACCAGUGGUUUGAUGUUGGCAUUGUUAAAGUGACCAAUACGGUGGUAACUCAUUUCUACAUGCCCGCAGACGACUCUGCUUAUGUUGAGAAUGAUUCUGGCACAGCCCCAGACUACAGUCAGAUGAAGAGGGUGGAGCUUCAGCCUGGCACCGCCUACAAGUUCCGUGUGGCGGGUAUAAAUACUUGUGGCCGAGGAACCUUUUCUGAAAUAUCUGCAUUUAAGACAUGUUUACCAGGCUUCCCCGGAGCACCAUGUGCCAUAAAGAUCAGCAAGAGUCCAGAUGGUGCUCAUUUGACAUGGGAGCCUCCGUCCGUGACAUCAGGAAAGAUCACAGAGUACUCUGUGUAUUUGGCCAUCCAGAGCAGUCAGACCACCGAAGCCAAGCCCUCAGCCCCGGCUCAGCUGGCCUUCAUGCGGGUUUACUGUGGACCAAACCCCUCGUGCCUGGUCCAGUCCUCCAGCCUGUCCAACGCUCACAUUGACUACACCACCAAACCCGCCAUCAUCUUCCGCAUCGCCGCUCGCAACGAAAAGGGCUAUGGCCCUGCCACACAAGUGCGAUGGCUGCAAGAGUCUAGCAAAGAUGGCCUUUCUGCAAAACCUGCCCCGAAAAGAGCAGUUUCUUCACCAGAUACGAAAGGGAUUGGUCAGAAGAAAGCAAGAAUGGACCAGUAACCUGUCCUCUGCAUUUAGCCUCCAAAACCAUACAGACUUUAACUACUCCCACUGCUCCAUCCGGAUUUAACCCAUCUCUGACUGUAACCCUUCAUCAAAACAGCACAAAAAAGAGGAAAUCCAGUUUCUAGCUUUUUAUUAAUAGUAUGAAUGGAGAAAAGCACAUUGCGAGUAUUUUUCAACAUACUUGGAGCGGGAGAGGAAAACAAAAACAAGCUUUUUCCAUUGUAGUGUCUUCCUUUCUGCUCUCCCCACAUUUCUUUCAUGUAUUUUUGCCUCAGUAAUUCAAAAGCAGUUUUAAGAUAUUUGUAACGUUUUUUUCUGUCAGCUGGUUUCUAUGAAGUUUUUUUUUUUUUUUUUUGCAAUGGACUUCUGAGUGAAGUUUGAGUUCAUGUUUAAUAUGUGAGAUGAGUGAUAAUGGGAGACAGAAAACAAACAAACAUGCAGAAAUGGGGAAAACAAAGCAAGCACUUGUCCUCAGACAAGAGAGGAUAUUUUUCAGAUGUGCGUGAGGAUUGGUUCUGGAUUCUGUGCACUUUGGCAUUGAGCAGAAACAAAAGCUGAACUGCGGAUAAAGAAACGGCCAUGGAAGAAAGAACAUUACCAGCAGAGACUUUGCUAGAACUGUUUGCCAUACAAACAAACAAAAAAGUAAACAAAACAAAAAAAGAGAAAAAAAAGAAAAACUUCCCAAAAAAUUAGCGAGCGACGAUGGAGAACUUGUGUAGUUUAUUUUUGUAUUUUAAAGCUUUUCUCCUGUGUGUAUGUGUAUGUCCGUGUGCUUUUUUUAACUCACUACUUUUAUUUUAUUUUUUUGUUUUAAUAGUUCUUGGCCAUUCCCAUUGGUUUAAGGAUUUGUGGCAAGAAGGGCUUUUGAAGACGAGGAAAUGCAUUGUGUUUGUGCUCAAGCCGAGUGUUGAUGUGAAAAAGAUGUAAACAAGUAUAAACAUCUGAAGGGCUUUUACUUUGUUUACGGCGUGUGUCCACUCCGUGUUUGUGUAUGCCAAACCUCGAGAUGUAAAAAUCGUUAAUUUUAUUUUAUUUUUGUUCUUGAUUCUUCACUUUACAAAUUCGUCACUUAUUAUUAGUAAACACUUUCCCCUUCCUCUGCCUCGUCCUCUAAACUUUUUCACAAGAUAACUUUGUAGAAAUUUUCUCUGCUCUAGUUUGUGAAGGAAGUUGUCCACGUGAAGAUGAAUUUCUUCCCUUUUUUUUUUUUGAGUAUCUGAAAGGUAUGCAGAGUAAAUGUUCAGUGUAUACCUGUGUGUCUCCAUGUGGCGAGAAUGGCUUGUCAUUUUUGAUGAUAAGAGCCAAGUUCGGAUUGGGUUGUAAUAUAGUUCAUUCAUACUGCAGGAAUUGAAGAUGAUAACCUGGCCUUUUAUAUAUUUACCUGUACAACGUUUUUACAUGUUGGUCAUCUCCUGAUUGCCUUUUUUGUCUUGACUUAUAAAAGAAACAGAAAUAUC